AUGGGGGUGGGGGUGUGCUUGAUCGGCCUGCUCCUUGUCAGGAGCGCGUGGGCAAACGAUGGCUGUGCUGUUCACCUGCUAGGCCCAGGCUGGCAGUCGUGUGUGUCCUGCCCGUCCAAUUUUACCAGCAACCGCGUCGUGCUGGUUCCCCCCUUUUCUACAUGCACCGUUCUUGACACGAGCCCAAGCUGUGCCCGGCGGUUGUGGUUUACUCACUAUGAAUGCGCCGAGGACGGCUCCUUUAUCCUCAAUCGCAACAAGGGCCGCCUCACCGACCCAUACGUCAACGUCGGCUGCCGAGUUCACUUUUAUGAACAAGAGCGGCCUGGCCUUGUUUGCGAUGGCCACGACAGCAACACGACGUUGCUCUAUGAGCUGCCUCUCGGCGGUGCGCCUAGCAAUCUGAAGCGCCUCGUCGUACGGAAUCAUGCCCUACUGUACGCCGAGACAACCCACUUCAGCAUGUUGCAGCUGUUGGAGGAGCUGGAUCUGAGCAACAAUGCCAUCUCGCUCCUCUACGCCCAAGCUCUGCCCCAGCUGGUGAAUCUUAAAUAUCUCAAUCUCAGUCACAACCGUCUCACCAGCCUGGAACCACUGCAGCUGCCGUUUCAAAACUCACUUCAAACGCUAGAUGUUCAAGGAAAUGAAGCAUUGACCCUGCGUUCCGAUCUGCUCAUCUCCUCCAUGGCCCCCGAUUGUACCACAAUACUCCUGCCGGAAACCUGCCUCGACUCCGCCCCCUCGAGCUGCACCGCCUUCCUGCCAGCUAGUACUCCUCCCAUCAAUUCCACCUCUUGCACCAUUGUUGACAACACCACUGCCUGGACCUGCCCCGAUGGCAGCACCUCCAUCACCAAUUGGCAAUACUGUGAUGGCAUUCCUGACUGUGCCGAUGGUUGGGAUGAGGAAAACUGCUGCCAGCUCGCCGCCACAGAAGAUACCGACUACCAGACUUGCAGCGAGGGCCACUUGCAAGUCACAAUCCAUCAAAACCACGCUCAAAUCAUGCCGCCCAACCCAGCUUCCGUCAACCCUUUUUGCUUCUCAGUUCUGAGCAUUCGUUACAUUACAGCAGCCUGGCAGUCCAUGCAGAAAGGCUUGGAUGGAGCCCCGGAAUGGAGCUUUGCGCUGACCUUUUCCUCAAGCUUCAAUUCGACGGCCACCUUGACGCGGAAUCUGGCUCAAGUUGCAGUCGAAGAUUCACGAGGCUACCUUGAACUCAACCUGCCCUUGACAGCUGAAAGCACGAUGCCCUGCCUGGCAACAUCGACAACGCCAAAUCCCAAAAUGCCAGUUGGCAGCACCAACAAUCAGUCUAUGCCUCGGAGCACCCAAAUUGGCAUUGCAGUUGGCGUCGCGUGCGCCAACAACGGAGGCGACGAUGGUCGCAAGCAGAACAUGCGCAAACAAUCGCCAUGUCCUCUAGUAGCCAACUUGCACUCUGCCUCCAGCAACUCCGACAGCAGCACCCUAACCCCAGCAACCGUCAUUCAGCAAUCUGAAAAGAUUGCGCACACCCUGGUAGCCCUCAAGACCUUUGAUGAAGUUGAGCUGACCGACUACAAGGCAGUCAUGUUUGAAGCUGCUCUCAUGCACAUUGUGGGCCGCCAUCCACACGUCAUUCAGCUUAUCGGCAUCAUAGAUGACAGUUCUACCAAUCCGACCAUGGGCCCAACAGCUAAGCUGGGUGAUUUUGGAUUGGGUCGAUAUCUGACCGGGGAUCAUGAAUACUACAAAGUCAGCCAGCUCGACGAGCUGCCUUUCCGCCCUCGCUUUGGGAUACGCAAAAGCGUACAGAUCCAACUCGAGCUCGCAGCCAAGGCAGCUCAGAUUCACUUCGACCAGUCGUGCUUGGACGACUGGUCAAGGCUCGGGCACUGA